UCUUCUAAUUCCAAAGUUGCUUAUACAACCAGACUAAGUUCUUCUAAUUCCAAAGUUGCUUAUACAACCAGAUUAAGUUCUUCUAAUUCCAAAGUUGCUUAUACAACCAGACUAAGUUCUUCUAAUUCCAAAGUUGCUUAUACAACCAGACUAAGUUCUUCUAAUUCCAAAGUUGCUUAUACAACCAGACUAAGUUCUUCUAAUUCCAAAGUUGCUUAUACAACCAGACUAAGUUCUUCUAAUUCCAUAGUUGCUUAUACAACCAGACUAAGUUCUUCUAAUUCCAAAGUUGCUUAUACAACCAGACUAAGUUCUUCUAAUUCCAAAGUUGCUUAUACAACCAGACUAAGUUCUUCUAAUUCCAAAGUUGCUUAUACAACCAGACUAAGUUCUUCUAAUUCCAUAAGUUGCUUAUACAACCAGACUAAACUAAGUUCUUCUAAUUCCAAAGUUGCUUAUACAACCAGACUAAGUUCUUCUAAUUCCAAAGUUGCUUAUACAACCAGACUAAGUUCUUCUAAUUCC